AUGUCUAAAAAAUAUUCAUCGUGGGCAUCGGGAGGUGCUGUUAAACAAGAUGAUUUGGAAAUGAAAUUAAGUUCCGUUCAAGGAAAAUCUGGACAAAACACUGGAGAAACUCCUGAACGAGUUCAAGCCAUUGUACCACAUACGUAUAUAAAUGUCGACGCACCACCUAACCUACCAAAUCAAUCAAUAACAGCUGAUACAUCAGAACGAACUAAGAUAUGGCCAACUGAAAAAUCACAAGAUUCUGUUGGCACUAAUUCGUCGACUAAACGGACGGUUAUGGCAUUAAAACACCGUCACAGUAAACAUCAUCAUAGACACCACCAUCAUGCACAUCAUCGUGGAAAACAUUCAGAUCGUAGAUAUAGAAAAUCGACUUCUCAACCACCACAAACAAAUUUUCUUCAACAAAAUGACCAAAAACAGCCGAUGGUCGUUUAUCGAGAAACACCAGUUGAUGGAAACAAUAACACGUCAACACAACAUUACACCAGCGAAACAGACGAUCAACAGUCACCACUCGUUGUGUAUCGAGAUGUCGCAUCAGACGGAACAUCACAGCUAUACUAUGAUGCUCAAGAAACGGCUGUACCAAACACCACUAUUCAACAAGAUCAAGAGUAUGUGAAAGACGACAUGAACAGAUUACCAGUAUUAAAUUCGAAAUUAAAUUCCAUUAAAAAACAAUAUACUCUCCAUCGUUCACCCUCUAUUAAUGAACGUCAAGUAGGCAAUUAUCCAUUUCUCACUCCACAACAAACAAUCAUUCAAACGACAAGUGGUGUACCUCAAGAAUACGAGAGCAUAUACUAUGAAGAAGAUUACGAUCAGCCGUUACAUUGUAUUCGAGAAUCAUACGUUCUUCAAUCAGAUCCUCUUUCUUCGUAUGUACAGUCUUCCGCUGAUACUCAAGUUAUUCAUCAUCAGCAACCAUCAAUUACUUAUUUAUCCCAACCGUCUAGCCAGCAGUAUCUUUGUAGUCCAUCAUCCCAAGCGGUUCAAACAGUUAUUGUGGCACAACAACCACAAACAACAUCAAUUCAGCCUACAUUUAUCAAUCAAAUGCCUAUUCAAACAACGAGGCAACAACCAUUAUUGUGUGUGCAAAGUCCUUUACAACAAACAGCAAGUGUUAUUUUACAGCAGCCACAACAAAUCCAGCAGCCACAAAUAAUUCAAACCUCUAUGUCUGUACCACAAAUUAUACAAGCCAUACAACCGCAGCAACUAGUGCAAGCGAUACAACCGCAGCAACUAGUGCAAGCGAUACAACCGCAGCAACUGGUGCAAGCGAUACAACCACAGCAACUAGUGCAAGCGGUACAACCGCAACAACUGAUCCAAGCGAUACAACCACAACAACUGAUCCAAGCGAUACAACCGCAACAACUGAUCCAAGCGAUACAACCGCAACAACUGAUCCAAGCGAUACAACCGCAACAACUGAUGCAAGCUGCAACAGUACUCCCAGCAAAUUUAUUGCAAUCAUUACAAGCAAGUCCUCAACUUCUUUAUCAACGUCCAUACGAUCCUGUAAUUAUUCCUAUGCAAAAUCAACAGAUUGCAAUUAGUCCAUUGGUUCCGCUUAGCCAACCGUCCUACGCGCCAGCACGCCUAGUUGCCCUUCCUCAGUCUUCAUUAUUAGCACAACAACAACAACGACCAAAUAUGUUUCAACAAGCUCUUGUGCGCACUGUAGCCGACCAGACAGGCCCUAUAUUUGGACAACAAAAUCCUACAGGCGGUCUAGGUCUUCUUUCACGUCCAGUUGUAGCAGCACCAUUGAUGGCCACAAGUACCGGCAUCAAUGCCAUUCGUAUGCCAAUGGUAAUGGGAGUUAAUUCAAAUCAGAUACAAAGACCAGUACCAAUGAUGGGUAUGACACAGCAGCAGAACUUUCCCAUUGUGCCUAUAAAUGGCUUACUGAUACCGUUCCAGCCAUCAAAUGUACAACAACCGCGCUUUCCAGGAAUUGCUCCAAAUCUUUAUUCGCCAAUUUCUCGAAAUCCCUAUUCGCCACUUGCUCGAAAUCUCUAUUCGCCAAAUAAUUACCCGCAACCCUAUCGAUCCUCUCUGGUAGAUUUUGCAGGUUUAAGACAGAAUCGUCAAAACCCUUUACUUCCCACAAUUGCUUCAAGAUAUGAUUACAAUCGAGCACCUUCUCCACCCAUUCUUUCAACAAAUGCUAUUAGACGACCAAACGACUUACUAGGCGGAACUUCGUCACCACCCAUAUCACCGUUGAUAACAGGAUCCCAACCGAACCAACCAAGUGUGAUUAAUUAUUCUCAGCCUCAAUUUGCAAGCUCUAGAGGUGGCUCGAUCAUGUCAAGACAAGCUGAUUAUGAUCGACUUUCUAAUAAUUAA